AAUUGAGUAUAGCUGGAUUUUACGGUUGUGGUCGUGUUAAAAAUGAUCAACGAAUAUCGAAAAUUAAGUGAAGUCAGUUUGUUUACUUUUUGGAAUACAACCAUAUACAAUGUAUACGCGUGUGUAGCUUUGUGUAUCAGUUCAUAUGGAUUAUUUCUUCUUGGGUUUUUGGUAGAAAUGUGGAUGGAAUAUGAGGAGGUGAUGAGUUGCGGAAUAGAUCAUAACCAUUUAUUCAGGGAACUGCAACUUGUAGCUCUUCUUGCCUUGCACCAAUGGAAACAGAGCACCCUAAUGAGGCCAUUGCCUGCGGCGGUACGAAUGGACUCGCCAAUCAUGAUGCAUUCCCAACAAGAAAACAGUCCAGUCAGACGAGGACAUCAUGGAACGUGAAGGCCUCAAGUUUUGCCAAAAAUACCCACAAUCCUAUUCGAGCCAUAGUAGACGGGUUGAAAUUAACGCCAAAUCCAGACAAACAUAUGAUUGCGUUAUCAAUAGGUGAUCCAACUGUGUUUGGAAACUUCCCUCCUUCAAAGGCUGUCACUGAUGCCAUCAAAUAUAUUGUGGAUGAAGGGAAGUGUAAUGGCUACGGGCCAUCAGUUGGUACUGUUCCAUGUCGGACAGCACUUGCUGAGUUCUACACACGACCAGAUGCUCCUUUGCAGCCAAAGGAUGUUAUCCUUACCAGUGGGUGUUCGAGUGCUAUAGAGCUCUGCAUCUCGGGACUAGCCAAUGCUGGCGAGAACAUCCUCGUACCUCGGCCAGGCUUCCCUCUCUAUUCAGUCCUGGCAAAAACAUUAGAAAUAGAAGUCAAAGAGUAUGAUUUACUGCCAGAGAAGUCAUGGGAAAUCGAUGUGGAUCACCUGGUGUCAUGUAUUGAUGAUAAAACCACAGCAAUUGUUGUGAAUAAUCCAUCCAACCCAUGUGGAAGUGUCUACAAAAAGAAACACCUCGAAGAGAUCUUGGCUGUGGCUGAGAAAUACAAGCUCCCCAUCAUCGCUGAUGAGAUAUAUGCAGACAUGGUGUUCCCUGGAGAAGAGUUCCACUACAUGUCCACAUUGACGAAGGAGGUGCCUGUCCUCUCAUGUGGGGGGCUGGCAAAAAGAUGGCUGGUGCCUGGUUGGCGGUGUGGAUGGAUUCUCAUCCACGAUCGACAUGACGUAUUCAAUGAAGAGAUCCAAGGUGGCCUAAUCUGUCUUUCCAUGAGGAUUCUUGGACCGAACACUCUUGUCCAAGGAGCCUUGCCAUUAAUUCUAGCCAACACUGAGCAGUCGUUCUAUGAUGAGACGGUCACACAAAUUCAGAAAAACGCCAAGUUAUUUUACUCUGCGAUCUCUAAGGUUCCUGGUUUGAAUCCUGUCAUGCCCCAGGGUGCCAUGUAUAUGAUGAUUGGUAUUGAGUUGGAACACUUUCCUGGCAUGCAGACCUGUGAAGAGUUUUCAGAAAGACUUGUGACAGAACAAUCGGUGUUCUGUCUGCCUGGCAAGGCAUUCAACUACCCGAGUUAUAUAAGAGUAGUGUUGACUGUACCAGAGCUCCAACUCAAAGAAGCAUGCAGUCGAAUAAAACAAUUCUGUCGGAAGCAUUUCAACAAACCAACAGGGCCUUAUCCAAAAAAGCAGGAGGAGUGGGAUUUACAUUUGGACUUUGACAUGUGUACAGAAUAAAGAGUGACACAAAUGGGACAAGAUACUUGUGACAAGGCGAGGCUGAUAUAGGAGUCACACCUGCAUGUGGUGAGAUGGUUAUGACCUAUAAGAUACUUGUGACUAGGCGAGGCGGAUAUAGCUGUACGAGGAUCUGUUAUGUAUAUACCCUGCAUGUGGUGAGAUGGUUAUGACCUAUAAGAUACUUGUGACUAGGCGAGGCUGAUAUAGGAGUCACAGCUGUACGAGGAUCUGUUAUGUAUAUACCCUGCAUGUGGUGAGAUGGUUAUGACCUAUAAGAUACUUGUGACUAGGCGAGGCUGAUAUAGGAGUCACAGCUGUACGAGGAUCUGUUAUGUAUAUACCCUGCAUGUGGUGAGAUGGUUAUAACCUACAAGUUGUUCUGUCUUUUUGACCGUCACCCGGUGUGCUGUUUUCCUGGUUUUGUUUGCCUGCGAAUGUGUCAUCUAGUUGGUUUGUAGCAUUUUAGGAAUCUCCUCCAAAAGAAUGCACAGAGUGUGCUAUUGCACGAAGCAGUAUUUUCAAGGGACCAUCUGGUUGUUUGUUUUUGCUCAUGAACAUAUCUGAUGUAUACAAUGGCCAAGGCAACACAUUGUUUUGUUUUUUUAUGAAUGUUGACAUUGAAAUGCAUGUUACUAUUUUGCUAUUUUAUAGACUGUUUGACUUGAGUAGGUCGACUUGGACAUGACUUGUAGUUACAUUGUAUCAGAAAUAUAGUUGUACCUUAGGGCCCCUAGGUGAACGAGCUCUGUAAUUUAAUGUGAAUACAAGUUGUUGAUGGUUU